CACUUCCAAGUGCAAUACGAAAGUCAUUUUCUCUUCAAUCAACUCAAACUCCAGUUAAAGAAACAACAAAAAAGACGAUGAUGAAACCAAAGAGCAUAGCUGCAGCUUUUGCAUCAUGUUUUCUAAUCAUAAGCUUGUUAUGCAGCUGCAUUAGUGGCGACCAAAAUGAGACCAAUUAUGAAGGUCUAUCUUACAAUUACUACGAGAAAACAUGUCCAAGACUCGAAGAGAUCGUGAGAUCUUCAAUUUCACCAAUGUUUGCUCUUGAUCCUACGGCUCCUGCCGCCUUGCUAAGGCUUAUGUUUCAUGACUGUCAAGUUCAGGGAUGUGACGCAUCUAUCCUAAUCGAGCCAAGUGGGGACCAGCAGUUCACUGAGCUUGACUCAGCCAAGAACUUUGGAAUCAGAAAGAGGGAACUGAUUGGCUCAAUCAAAACCUCAUUGGAGGUCGAAUGUCCUCAGCAAGUCUCUUGCUCUGACCUCAUCAUCCUCGCCGCAAGAGAAGCUGUCGCUCUCACUGGUGGCCCGCUCAUCGCAGUGCCAUUAGGAAGAAAAGACUCUCUCUCUACUCCCAGCAAACACGUGGCUGACUCUGAGCUUCCUCCCUCUACUGCGGAUGUCGACUCUAUCUUAAAUCUCUUUGCUGGCAUAGACAUGACCAUCGAGGAGUCCGUAGCCAUUAUGGGUUCACAUUCAAUAGGAGUGACACACUGUAACAACGUAUUAUCGCGUUUUGAUAACGAAAACGCGACGAGCGCGAACAUGGAUCCACGUUUUCAAACGUUUUUGCGAGUUGUUUGCCCAGAGUUUUCUCCGACAUCCAAAACAGCGGAAGCUACGUUUGUUCCCAACGACCAGACUUCGUUGAUCUUCGACACAGCUUAUUACGAUGAUUCCAUCGCGGGACGUGGUAAUCUGAGAAUUGACUCGGAGAUUGGAGUGGACCCACGCACACGCCCGUUUGUCGAAGCGUUUGCGGCUGAUCAGGACCGUUUCUUCAACGCCUUCUCUUCCGCGUUUGUUAAAUUGUCUUCUUACAAAGUGUUAACCGGGAAUAAUGGAGUAGUUAGAAGCGUGUGUGACAAGGUAGAUUGACGUAUAUUUAUAACAAUAAAAUAUGUUAUACUGUGUUAAAAAGAAACAUAGUGUGAAGCAUAUUGUUGAUAUAUAUUGUUUGUUGAUAACUUGAUAUAUAUUGUUUCACAAAUUCA